CGAUCAUCCUCGCUGGUGCAGGAGGAGUUGGGGGGAGGAUGCUUGGGGACAUUUAACUUUUUGAAUUAAAGCCCUGUGGCACCAUUGAACAAUACGCACAUCCGCACGCACUCAAGCGCGUUCACGUUGUUUCGCACGUGUCCCAGGCAGUGAUUGAGGAGGCCCGUGAAGAAGGACCCUGGAGCAGAGACGAUGUCCACCCCACUCACAGACCAGGAGCGACGCAAGCAGAUCAGCGUUCGGGGGAUCGUGGAGGUGGAGAACGUCGGGGAGGUGAAGCGGAAUUUCAACCGCCACCUGCAUUUCACGCUGGUGAAGGAUCGCAACGUUGCCACCCCCAGGGACUACUACUUUGCCCUCGCCCACUCCGUGCGGGACCUGCUGGUCGGGCGAUGGAUCCGCACGCAGCAGUACUACCACGAGAAGGACCCCAAGCGUGUCUAUUACCUGUCGCUGGAGUUCUACAUGGGCCGCGCGCUGCAGAACACCAUGGUGAACCUGGGCCUGGAGAACACGUGCGACGAGGCCAUGUACCAGCUUGGCCUGGACAUUGAGGAGCUGGAGGACUUGGAGGAGGAUGCCGGCCUCGGAAAUGGAGGUCUUGGUCGCCUUGCUGCUUGCUUCUUGGACUCCAUGGCCACGCUCGGUCUGGCAGCGUAUGGGUAUGGAAUUCGCUACGAGUAUGGCAUCUUCAACCAGCGCAUCAAGAACGGCUGGCAGGUGGAGGAGGCUGACGAUUGGCUGCGCUUCGGGAACCCCUGGGAGAAGGCCCGACCCGAGUACAUGCUGCCCAUCCACUUCUACGGCCGCGUGGUGCGCACCGCCGACGGGCCCAAGUGGGUGGACACGCAGGUCGUCCUUGCCAUGCCCUAUGACACACCGGUACCGGGCUACGGCAACAACACGGUGAACACCAUGCGCCUGUGGUCGUCGCGAGCUCCCAACGACUUCAACCUGCAGGACUUCAACGUCGGGGACUACAUCCAGGCCGUGCUCGACCGUAAUCUCGCUGAGAACAUCUCCCGCGUGCUUUACCCCAACGACAACUUCUUCGAGGGCAAGGAGCUGCGGCUGAAGCAGGAGUACUUUGUGGUGGCGGCGACGCUGCAGGACAUCAUCCGCCGCUACAAGGCGUGCAAAUCCGGAACCAGGACGACGUUCGACGCCUUCCCAGACAAGGUCGCCAUCCAGCUGAACGACACCCACCCAUCGCUGGUCAUCCCGGAGUUGAUGCGAGUGUUUCUGGAUGUGGAGAAGCUGGACUGGGAUAAGGCGUGGGACAUCACGGUGCGCACGUGCGCGUACACCAACCACACGGUGCUUCCCGAGGCGCUCGAGCGCUGGCCCGUGCAUCUCAUGGAGAACCUCCUGCCGCGGCACCUCGACAUCAUCUAUGAGAUCAACAUGAAGCACCUGGAGCGGGUGUGCGCCCUCUACCCUGGCGACAUGGAGCGCAUGGGCCGCAUGUCGCUCAUCGAGGAGAGCGGCGAGAAGCGCGUCAACAUGGCGCACCUGUGCAUCGUGGGCUCGCACGCCGUCAACGGCGUGGCUCGCAUCCACUCCGACAUCAUCAAGCAGUCCAUAUUUAAGGAUUUCUACGAGAUGGAGCCGGACAAGUUCCAGAACAAAACGAACGGGAUCACUCCGCGGCGCUGGCUCGUCAUGUGCAACCCCAGCCUCGCCGACGCCAUCGCAGAGCGCAUUGGCGAAGACUUCAUCAAGGACCUGGGACAGUUGAGAAAGCUGGAGGAGUUUGUCAAUGACCCCCGGCUCAUCCGGGACAUCCUUCAGGUUAAGCAGGAGAACAAGGUGAAGUUCGCGGCGUACCUGGAGGCUAAUCACGGCGUGCAGGUCAACACGGACUCGAUCUUCGACGUCCACGUCAAGAGGAUCCACGAGUACAAGCGCCAGCUGCUCAACUGCCUGCACGUCAUCGCGCUCUACAACCGGAUUAAAAAGGCACCGAGCAAAUCCUUCGUCCCAAGGACCAUCAUCAUCGGUGGGAAGGCGGCUCCAGGAUACCACAUGGCCAAGAUGAUCAUAAAGCUCUUCACCGCAGUCGGGGACAUCGUAAACAACGAUGAGGUUGUGGGGGACAGGCUGAAGGUUAUUUUCCUGGAGAACUACCGGGUGUCCCUGGCAGAGAAAGUGAUCCCGGCGUCGGACCUCUCGGAGCAGAUCUCCACGGCCGGCACGGAGGCGUCUGGCACGGGCAACAUGAAGUUCAUGCUGAACGGAGCGCUCACCAUCGGCACCAUGGACGGCGCCAACGUGGAGAUGGCGGAGGAGGCGGGCGAGGAGAACCUCUUCAUCUUCGGCUUGCGCGUCGACGAGGUGGAGGCGCUCAGCGUGAAGGGUUACAACGCUCAGGAGUACUACGACAAGAUCCCCGAGCUUAAAGUCGUCAUGGAUCAGAUCAGCAGCGGAUUCUUCUCCCCAAAGCAGCCGGACCUUUUCAAGGACAUCGUCAACAUGCUCAUGCACCACGACAGGUUCAAGGUGUUCGCGGACUACGAGGAUUAUGCGAAGUGCCAGGAGAAGGUCAGCGAGCUCUACGGGAACCCCGUGGAGUGGGCCAAGAAGGUUAUCCUGAACAUCGCCGCCUCGGGCAAGUUCUCGAGCGACCGCACCAUCACAGACUACGCGCACGACAUCUGGGGCGUGAAGCCGUCACACGUGAAGAUGCCGGCCCCCAGCGAGCCGCCCACGCACAACGCCGGCCCGUGAACGAGCGGGGAGUUUGGGGGGUGGAGCCCCUCUACCCUCCGGCAGCUGGUGCCCCCCCACUGCCCCCCCCCCAACUCUCAUCGCAAACGCUUCCCUGUCCCUCGCUGUUGCGUGAGGCUGUAAACCUAGAGGAGCGGGAAGGGUGGCCACCUGGUGGGUAACAUUCGUUGCCCACUCGAAGGUAAAGGCGAGAUUGCCCUGAGAUGCAAGCGUAGUGUAGCGAUGAUAAGAGUUCUUGUGGACACGGACCUAUACUGCGUGUCCCGGGCUGUGUGUUCCAAGCUUGAAGUUUCAUUGAUGAGAAAAGAUAUAAAAAAAACACUUUAAAGUGACGUUUUGGAACACCGUGUGAGCUUUCUAAAUUUACCGCUGCAGUGAGACUGCCGUACCUUUUAAAUGUCACUACCGUGACAUGAAUGUUAUUUUGGCUGAGGUGCACCCCCUGACCAAAUCAUCCAGAAUGCCCCCGAUCUCAUCGGACAGCUAACUCGAGUUGAUGUCGGACCGUGCUUUGGAUGGGCAACCGCCAUGCAUGUCAGGUGUUGUAGGCUGCUGCAGGGCUACGUUUUGAACAUCGAGAGGGAAUGACAGAAUGCAUUGUUACUGUUCUUAAGAUGCUCCGCGCCUCCACCAACCCGCACUCCCUGGCACGGUGAUGUACGAUCAAAUAACUCGUACUGCCCCCGAUGGAUAGGGAGCACCUCUUGUACCAAAAGGCACGUAAGUCUUGUAUUUCUAUCACUCUCAAUUAUCUUAUCUUGAACCUCGUGUCGGAGAGCCCGGGACCACACUGCCUAAGUGUGUCGUCCACAGCUGUUUUGGGUUGAAGUCCUCCUUUCGUAGGAGUUACCGAGAUGGAUUUAUGAGUGAGCGUGCUGUGCCUUUUACAAAGGUGUUUUUGGCCUAACUUGAAUUUCCGCAGCGUGCCUCCUGCCCCCCAUCGUCGCUCUCGCCCAGAUAACCGAAACACGAUUUCGAGUUCCUUUCCCAAUUGGAGACGCGCACGCACAGGAGCAUUGCAGCAGCCAACAGUUGCAACACAGCGGCUGCUUCUGGGAAUUGGGAUAGAAUGGGUCUUUUUUUACUGUCGCCAGUUUGAGCUUCGUUUUUUGUUCUUGCAGGUCGCCAGUCAUUGCCCAUCAGCAGCCGUCGCAAUUAAAAGACGUGAUUGCGACGCUGCAUAGUCUCAUUUAGAUCCAAGUGAAGAGUGUACUCGUUGGCCUCUACACGCGGUAGUUUUUGUGCAAUAACCGCAUCAAUUCAGUCGUGCCGCCCGCUAAAUUGACAACAGCUCGGGGUUUUACCCGUGAUUGCAAAUCCCGGUUCACGCAUUACGAAAACGCCGCGGCAGACGUCAUAAAUCAUCCGCGCAGUGCCUCAUUAAGCGGCAGUCUCUUAGCUUUAGCUAGAUUGGUGAACAAAAGCCGACGCUUUUUUUUUAUGCAACAAACGUGGUGGAUUGUUACAAGAUCAACGGUGAUGUUUAGUGGGGCAAGAGUCGAAGCAUUUGCUACGCAAUUACGCAGCUACACUCUCGCGUUUCACUUCAUUAAAAAGCUCCAGAUGUAGAAUUUCCCCCCCCCCAUGCCCAAUUUAAAGCAAUUAUCUUUGAUUAGAUCGUGAGACAAUCACAUUGUAUGCUUAGGAAAGCAACUGCAAUAAAAGUCAAGUUUAACAUCA